AUGCGGUAUUCUUCAGGUGCACGAGCACUAUUUGCGAUUUUUGUGCUCUUGAAACCCCCAUCAAAUGCUCAUGGGUUAGAUGCCACUCCCCGUCGUGUACAGGGAAGAACAGCGAACGAGUUGGAGCCAUACUCCCUUCCUAACAAACACACAAAUGCUAGCCGUGCAGUGGCGAUUGCGAACAAGCGAGCAGCUUUUCAGUAUGGACCCGGCAUAGAUGGAGGAGUGUCGUCACCCGCGGGUCCCUUGGGACAGAAGUAUGUCGCCACAGCUUCCAACAUUACUAAUACCGAGUCGGACGCAGAAGGCAUUAUUACUACUUCUGAUAAUAUUGGAAAGUACAAUGGUCUCGCUAAUGUCCGAGAUUAUACACUUCUCUACAAAGACGAAUGGAUGGCGAGCGCAAGACCGACUGGCAUCGAUCCUGGUAUGCUCCACAACUAUACUUCCGACCUUCUUUUCAGCAUGAGUAGACUGUCUUUCAGUCCUUUUGCAGUAAGAAGAUUAGCCCCGUACGAAACUCUGCCGUUCAAUGUGGAUCCUUCCGCGGUAAUGUCCGUUACUGGACAAUCAUUGGAAGAAGUACAUCAAAGUGGUAAAUUAUUUUACGCCGACCACCGUGCACAGAGACAGCUCAAUCGUACAAAGCUCUAUGCGCCGGCAUGCGAUGCUUAUUUCUACAUUGCGAAUGCCAGCUCUGAAUUUUUGCCGCUCGCAAUUCGAAGUAAUGGCAACAUUAGCCUCGUUUAUACUCCAAUGGAUUCACCGGACGACUGGCUACUCGCAAAGAUGAUGUUUGAAGUCAAUGACUUCUUCUUUGCACAAAACGAUCAUCUGGCAAGAUCGCACUGGGUCUCAGAGGUCGUGUACCAAGCCGCCAUUCGGACCUUGAGCGACUCCCACCCUAUACUUGGACUUCUCAACAGACUUAUGUACGGAGCGUUCGGUAUCCGGCCUCAAGCACGGGAAAUUCUCUACGACCCUGGAGGUACGUUCGACAGUUUUUUCGGAUUUGGGGGCGCGACAUCAAUCACGUUCGCGAGAAGGCUCUACGCGGACGGUUCAGCUGGUUCCUACCUGGAUAACUACCUACACACGAAUCUUAGACGACGUGGGCUUAUUGACUGCAAUUAUGGACCAGCCCUUAGCUCAUUCCCCUUUUACGACGACGCACAUGCAAUCGUAGAAGCUAUCAGAACCUUCACAACUUCGUUCGUUAACGCGUAUUACCCCGAUGACGGCGAAGUUUCAGAGGAUAGCGAGCUUCAGUCAUGGCUUGUAGAGACAAACGGUCCUGCUGGCGGCGUCAACUUUCCUACAGCUAGGGACAUCGUAGGCCGAUGCUCCCUUGUCGACCUCCUGGUUCAUUUCGCCUAUCUCGUCUCGGCAAACCACCACGCUAUAAAUACGAACUCGCUCCUCAGUACCGCAGGAGUGUACCCACUUCACUUGCAAGCUCUUUAUCGUCCACCACCAUCAGUAAAGGGCAUUACCAACAUUGUCUCGUACCUACCUCCACUGCAACAAUGCCUCGGAUUUCUCAACAUUGAAUCAGCAUUCUCACGUCCGUUGCUGGCUAAUUCCAACCGCUCUUUGCUGCACAUGUUUGAUGACGGCGAAUUUCUUAAUAGAACGAACAAUUUGACAAGAGCUGCAAACGCGGAGUUUAAAGCCGUUAUGCAGCUUCAGAGCGAUAAGGUCAAGUCACGCGGUUUUGACGAGAAUGGAUUGAGUCAGGGCAUGCCAUUCGUGUGGAAAACAUUGGACCCGGCCGUUGCUCCUUGGAGCCUUACCAUCUAG